AUCCAAGCUUCUCUCCAAACUCUUUGUCUGUCUCUCACUCUCCUUUCAAGUAUUUAUCCUAGAGAUCUUCACCACCUUAAGAAAUUACCUCUCACUUUCUUUCCUUCCAUCUCCUUUCCUUUCCCUAUAAUUAUAAAUCUCUCCGUCUUAUUUUUAUUUUUGCAGUUUCUCUCUAUCUGCAUUUUUCCUCUUCUGUGUUUCUCUGUUGUACUAAAAGUUGCAACUCUUUCUGCUAAAGCCUUGGUGUAGUGAUUAUAUUUCAGUGUCUAAUUUAAAUGCUCUCUUGCAUCCUUCAAGUUUUCAUCAUCAUACGCCAUUGGUUACAGCUUUAACAACUGAUAAAGCUCUUUUUGUUUGAAAGCCUGAAUUUUUUUUUCCAUAAAUAUGGCUUUGAUCAAUGUUCCCACUGAUCAUAUUAAGCUUAGGAAAACGGUUUUGAUCGAGAAAAAACCAUUAAUGCUCAAAGAUUACCUAAGAGAUGAUCUGAGUUCGUGCUCGUCUAGUGGUUUCAAAUCGUUACCACGUCGCCAGUGUUGCACCAGCUUCAGGUUUCUUCAUGAGGCCGACCUAAAGAAAUCAAAGGAUUACUCAAGCUCUACUAAACGACUACUGAAAAGAAGUCGGUCGAAGCCAGCUUCUACCGCCAUUUCAGCUCUGCAAAUAGCUUCGGAGGCUGUUCUUAACGCCGUCAAGCUACUGCCUUUUCCUUCCUUCAAGUCAUCUUCGCCGUCGUUGCAAAGCAACAGCUCGAGGCAAAGACCUUUACCCAGGAAUUCUUCAAGUAAGCUCUUCAAAAGAAGCUUUUGGAGAAAAGCCGAAAAGGAAGAUGGUGAGAUCAAACGGUGGAGAUUGUUUAGUGAAUUUCUCGAAGAGAAAAACCAACCGUCUGAUCAGAAUACUAUUACCGAUGUCAACACCACCGACAACUCUUCUACGACUACAAAUAACUGUAGGUUCUCUACGAGCACGAGCAGUAAUAGUUGGGCUGAAAGUGAAUUUACUGCAGACAUUUUACAGUCUUCGAGCGGCAAUUCCGAGAGCACGAGUGGAAACGACACCGUUGAGGGUAAAACAAAUUUACCUGAGAAGAAAAAAGUCAGCAACAUAGUCGGCGGAGCAGUCGACGAGGAUUCCAUCAACAACUACCAAAAGGAACAGGAUUGGCCAAACGAAGAAGGAAAGGAGCAGUUUAGUCCAGUGUCUGUUCUAGAUUGCCCCUUCGAUGAUGAAGAAGAAGAAGUAGACAAUAGCUCUCCUUUCCAAGAUCAGUUGGCCCGUGUGGAAGGUCCCUCUCGAACAAAACAAAAGCUCAUGCAAAAGAUUCGAAGGUUUGAGAGCCUGUCUCAGCUGGAGCCAGUGGACUUGGAGAAACGAAUUGCAUUGGCUGAGCUUGAAGAUGAAUCGCUUGAAUCCCACAGGGAAGUGCUCUGCUUAGUGUCUGUCAACAACAACGGCAACAUGUCCGAUUACCAAGAUAAGGAAGAAAAAGAUAGAGAAGCAAAUGAGAAACUACUUAAGCUGUUGAAAUCGAAAAUACCAUCAGACAGUUUCAAGUUUAUGGCUGAUAAUCUACUGUUAGAUUUCUUUAGGGAGAGAUUAACGGUGGAAAAUAAUGCUAAACGGCUUGCUGAUAUGGGACUUGAAGAGUUUGGGCUCGACUUAUUAAAGGUGGCAGAGGAUUGGGUUAAUGGGAAUCCUCAAGAAUUGGUUCUAGGAUGGAAGUUGCAGGAAAGUAGAAAAGCAAAUGUGAAAGAAAUGGAGAGAAAUGAAAAUUGGAGAAACUUCAAUGAAGAAAAGGAAAAGAUGGGAUCAGCGGUAGAGCAUGAGGUUUUCAUUUCGCUGGUGGAUGAGCUAUUAACUGAUCUCUUUUGACAUUUGUUUGACUAAUUUCUGUUUGAGACUUUUGAGUUCUAU